UUUAUAUGUCAAUGUCAAUAGUUUGAUAGUUCGUUACUUUUAAAUGUACUUUAUAUACAAAAUAUGAGUUCAACAUCGGAUUAUGCUGAAUUUAGAAAAUCUAUUUUAGAAAGAGAAAUGAUAUUAAGAGGAUCACAAACCGCUGUGAAGAAAAGAAAUGUUCCGAAGAAAUUCACACCACUAGCUCCUCUAGAUUUUAACGCAAUCAAAAGGGAAAUACUCGAAGCCAGCAGCAAUGAACUUCUACCAUCAGUAAACUAUUAUAAAAUGGAAGAAGACAACACUAGUACACAAGAAUUUACUAGUAAUAAUGUUUCCGAAAAAUUAGAAUGUAUAAACGAAGGAGUCCCCGUAGCAGUAAAUAAAGAAAACCCAAAACAGACGAAAAAUAAGUGUUUAAAACCCAAAGAAAACGAUAGUUUUGAUUUGGAUUUUUCGGCAUUAUCCCUACACACUCCAGCAAAACAAAACGAUUUCGUAUCUUUUAAAGAAAGUACGGUAAACAAACCUCUAUUUGAUAGUUUCGUUACCCCAAAAGUGAAAAAUAUUCUCCCUUCAAAAUUACAUUGCAGUGUUCCUAGAACCCCAGUGAACGUAAACAACGAAAGCGUUGUAUUACAAUCCGAAAAGACGCCGAAUAAUCCUAAAAAUAUAGUUUGUUCCAUACCGAGGAGCAUCCCAGACGAAAAAACGUUCGAAAAAUUAAGAGUGAACGAUGUGCAAUAUCUCAUUUUAAAUUUGUUAGGAAAAGGCGGUAGUUCGUUCGUGUACCAGUGUUUUUGCGUGGAAAAACGGCUCUUAGUGGCAAUAAAAUGUGUUUCGUUAGAAAACGCCCAAUCAGCUCAAGGAUACAUAAACGAAGUAAAAUUAUUACAAAGAUUACAACAUUGCGAUAGAAUCAUAAAGUUAUACGAUUACCAGAUACUGGAAGACGAAAAAAAGCUAUUUAUGGUACUGGAGAAGGGCGGGGAGGAUUUUACUACCGUGUUAAACAAUCUAACCAACCAAAAGACAAACAUCCCCAUGUACAUGUUACUUUUCUAUUGGAUGGAGAUGCUACAAGCCGUGAAACAAAUCCACGACCACGAAAUCAUCCAUUCAGAUCUGAAACCCUCAAAUUUUCUGUGGGGGGAAAAAGGAUUGAAGUUAAUAGAUUUCGGUAUCGCUUCCAGCGUUCAAACGGAUAUGACAAGUGUGAUUAAGACAAUACCUGAAGGGUCUUGUAAUUAUAUGAGCCCUGAAGCUUUGCGUAACGAUACUUCGAGCCCCGGGAAAAACAAAUAUCAGUUGCAUUAUAAAUCUGAUGUUUGGUCGUUGGGAUGUAUUUUGUAUCAAAUGGUUUAUAAGAGAACGCCGUUUCAUCAUUUGAAGAAACUCUGGACGAAAUUGGCUUUUAUAAUGGAUCCGAAUCAUCGAAUUGAGUAUCCGGAUGUGACUUGGGUGCCUGUUAAAAUAGUAAAUACCAUCAAAAAAUGCUUGGAAUAUAACGUUAGACUCCGGCCGUCUGUAGAUGAACUUUUACGGGAAUAUGAUUCGAAUUUGUGCAAUAUAUAGAUUUGACGUUGAUUAUUGGUGAUAUCUGAGUGUAUAUUGAGUGUUUGUGUGUCAAAAAUGUGUAAAUAUACAAAAAAGUUGUAGUAUUUUCAAGAAUACAUUAUGAGAGAAAUAAGGUGAAAAAGCGAUAUUUACGAUAACAUAAUUGAGAAAUAAUCUCCAUUAAACUAUAUACAUACCAAAUUUUUAUAAUUUAACUUGACUUUUUAUAAUAAACAAUAUUUGAGUUUUUAAAUUAUUGUGUUUGACAGUAAAAAAUUCGGAAAUACCUGCUA